UAUAGCUUCAUCACACCCUCUCUGAGCUGUGCCAUUUCGACAAAAUCCUAACUAUCUAAGAAUCUUGAAAGAGGUUUUUGUGUUUGAAUUUCUGGACUUGCUGCCAUACAAAGAGGAAUCAUGUCGAUGGGUUUGGAAUUAGCGGGCAUUUCUCUUGGAUUCAUUGGAUUCAUCGGUGCAAUAAUAAUAUGCGUCUUGCCUCAGUGGAGGACGACGGCUUUCAUAGGAUCCAACAUUGUCACCUCUCAGGUUACCUGGGAGGGCUUAUGGAUGAACUGUGUCAUUCAGAGCACAGGCCAGAUGCAAUGCAAGAUGUAUGAUUCUAUGCUGGCGUUACCUCAAGACCUGCAGGCCUCCAGAGCAAUGACAGUCGUAGCCAUUAUAUUCGGAGUGCUAGGGGUGUUGAUCUCUAUUCUUGGAGCCAAGUGCACCAACUGCAUUGAAGAUGAAACAGGAAAGGCCAAAGUGAUGAUCAUUUCUGGGAUCUUCUUCAUUCUCGCCGGCCUUCUGGUCCUCAUCCCUGUCUCCUGGAGUGCGAACGCCAUUAUCCGGGAUUUUUACAACCCACUACUGGCAGAAACUCAGAAGAGGGAGAUGGGAGCAUCGCUCUACAUUGGCUGGGGAGCAGCUGCCCUUCUUUUGAUUGGAGGGGCUGUGCUGUGCACCAGGUGUCCACCAAAAGAGGAGAAAUACAAGCCAACGAGAAUGGCCUACUCUGCACCACGCGGCAUCACUACAGGUGGAGGAUAUGACAGAAAGGACUAUGUUUAAUGCUUUUCUAUUUACUAUACGCUUGUUUGUGUGUGUGCUACUUUGAAACUACAGGGUAAAACUCUGUUAAAGACUCCGAGAUGAAGAUAUUUGUAAAUACAUUUCAACAUUUUACUUUGCUUGCAGAUGAAAAUGAUUACCUUCAGUUUGACAAUACUUUUGUGUGCUUUUAUGUUUAAUUCCUGUGUAAGAUAAUGUGUUCUUUCUACUUAAAUAAUGCUUUUAAAAUGAUGUGCAUCGACUAUCUGGUGUCAUGUUUCAACAAAGCUUGCUAUGAAAAAAUUGUACUUCCAAUAUUGCGGAAAUGCCAGAUCCUUCUCUGCAUUGAUCUAGUUCAAGACGUGUGUGUGUUUUACAUCUAAUGUAGGAGAGUUCUGUUAAGACUAAACCUGGAUGUGGGGUCACAGAGGAGACUUUCACAAACUAUAUUUUAUUUAAAUAUCAGCAUUUUUGUGUAUUAUAUUAAAAAAAAUUAUAUUUUUUACAACUUUAUUUUAAGCUUAAUGUUUCUCUGAUAAUCAUGUUGUUUUCUUAGCAGAGAUGACGGCAUGCAUUGUUUCCAGGUUGCUGAUAUUUCAAUGAAGAUGUCCAUGUUUGAAGUUUUGCUUUUUUUUACUUCAGAAUUGUUUUAUUGCUAUUGUGUUGUGAAACACACAAUAUUAACAAAGAAUAUGAAUAAAGUACUCAACUUAAAGUG